AACAUGGGAGACCUGGAGUGUGGUUUUGAGGAAAUGCAAGGGGUGAGACUGGGAUACCUGCUCAUCCAAGGCAAGCAAAUGUUUGCUUUGUCCCAGGUCUUCACCGACCUGCUGAAGAACAUCCCUCGGACCACGGUGCACAAGCGCAUGGACCACCUGAAGGUGAGGAAGCACCACUGCGACCUGGAGGAGCUGCGCAAGCUCAAGGCAAUCAACUCGAUAGCUUUCCACGCCGCGAAGUGCACGCUGAUAUCGCGGGAGGACGUGGAGGCUCUGUACUUCUCCUGCAAGACGGAGCGGGUGUUGAAGUCCAACAAAAGGAAAGCCAAAGCGCCGCUUCCCCCCGGGGAGGUGCACGCGUCCCCGGGGCAGCUCGGCGCCGGGGAGGCCGAGCUGUGGAGGGAGAAAGUUUGGUUCAGUCUGCACGGCGUCCCGGAGACUCUCAGCAAGGCGGCCCGGCGCAGAGAGCUGGCUCCCUGCCUCACCGACUCCAAACUACCUCAAUUUUACCACAAAACCCACAGUCGGGAUUUCCGUGCGGCGACUAAAUCCGCUCACAAACACUUUAAAAACUAUGAAACAUCUAAGAUAACAGGGAACUGCGUUACUUUGAGCCAAAGGCACUCGUUCUACCGGGGCGCGGUGAGCCGGCAGCCCGCGGUGCUCCAGUCCGCCAUGGCCGCUCAGUCCAGGCUCGCUCGCUCCGCCGGCGACCUCCUCCUCCACAAGAGGAAGAGGAGGCGCGAGGGGGGGGGCAAGGAGGGCGCGAGGCACUCGUGGAGCAGGAGCAGGCACGCGCACCAGCACGUAGCGCCGGUGCUUCUCGUGCAACCCAAACCCACCGGCAGCCACGGGACCGCGUUCGGUGCCUUCCACCUCGGCCAGGAUUUCUAUCUCCACCCGAGACCCCAGCACCACCACCAGCAGCAGCACCACCAGGAGCAGACUUUCCCGGAGAUCUACAGCAGCGACACCGAGUCCAGCACCUACUCGGACCGGGCGUACCCCGACUCGGAUUUUGGGUCGGGCUUCUCCACCAGCAGCAACUCCGGGAGCUCCGAGGAGGAAGAGGACGAGGAUGACACCCAGUCGGAGAGUUCAGAGGUCAGCUCAGAGGAAGAGGAGAGCUCCUCUCAGUCCGACUCCAGCUCGGUUUCGAGCCGGGUCUCGGUGCAGAGCAUCCGGUUCAGACGCGCCCGGGUCGGCUCUCUCUCCAAAAGCGUCACCACUAGUAAAGCACCUUUGGUCCUGCAGCCCACGUUUCACUACAACCACGAGAAGCAGCACAGGGCACUGGGUCAUGUUGCCCCCCCACACCCGGGAGACAGCAGACAGGAGAAAAGGCAAAAAUGUGAAUUUGUCUGCAGUGAAUACAGAAAGGACCUGGGACCCAUACAGCCACCAAAAUUUAACUCAGUUGUGGGCCAGAGCUUCAAAAGGGAGAAGGCGUGUGAUGCUGAUCCUGGUGUGGAGCUGCCCUCCUCUUCACCGGGACUCACCCGGAGCAAGGCCUUUCACCCCACACGCAGGACCCCCGGGUACCCCAUCAAAUGCCCCCCGGGACUCAACGCACAGUGUGACCAGGACCUGUUUCCCAAAUGUGCCGAAAAAAGGGAGGCGAAAGUGCCCACCUUAAAACUGCCAACCCCACUGAGGAAAAUAAAGACCGAGGCGGAGGAGGCCCCUGUGACAGCCGCCCCCCACUCGGACCGCGGCAGGGCGGCCAGGACCCCUCCCUUCAACCUCCACAAUGUGAAAGUUAAAGUGGAGGAAAGCUGUGAUGAAUAUGAAUACCAGAGCCGGGCCUCUGGAGUCAAAUGUAAAGGAGACAAUAAGGCGGAGAGCAGCUAUGGCCUGCAUAUCAGCGGUGCCAUCAUCAAGCAAGGGGACUUUUUCAAUAGCGGGAUUAAAGCCACAGAUAAGAGCCCUGGUGUGGCCCCCCCCAGGUCCCCUUGUGGCCCUCAGGAACGCAGCAGCACCCAGGACGAGGAGGGGGGGCACGGACACAGAACCUGGAAGGCUGCGGUGCUGGGGAGCAAGAAAGCCCGAGUUUCCAGGUUGCAAACAAAACAAAACGUGCCCAGGGUCAACAAGGCUGCCCUGUCUUCUUCUUUUUCCUCCUCCUCCUCCUCUUCGUCUUCUUCGUCCUCUUCAUCAUGCUCCUCUUCCUCCUCUCGUCAGGAGGCGUCCACGGAGGAUUUACCGAGCAGACGCAAACGCAGCAGCAGCAGCGCCAGCACCGCAGCACCGGCCGCAGAAAUGCCUUUCAGCCUGAUGGCGAAUUUCCCCUCCCCGCCGUCGCUGGUUGUCGGCAGCGACGGGGAUCUGUGUCCCGCUUACUCCCUGAACUCGCUGAGGGGCCCCGGGCCUCCCCCUCCGUCCCACCCCGUGUGGAGGUGGCAGCCAGGCGUCCACAUUCUCCCUCCCCCACACACUCAGAGAACGAGGAAAUACUGA